UCUAUAAGCCUUUGAGGCUAAGCAAAUUGUUCUCAAAGACAUGGAAAAAGUAAAUAUGAGAGUUAAAAAUUGCGUCUACAUCCUUAUACCGGCCUUUGUUUCACCAUCUUUUUUUUUUCUUCUUCUUCUUGCUCAGCCUCUAAGAUUCUUGUCUUAUAUAAACCUGACCACAUGAUUUAUUUCCAAUUCUGUUUUACUACAGAAGAAAAUGGGACUUCUUCCUUGUCCCCCAACUUAUGACUCAGAAAAAGAUUCUCAAUCUAACUCUAGUCAUCGUCUUCACUCAGAAUCAUCAACCUCCUCUCUUUCUUCUCAACCGAGUCUACCUUCUGUUCCUUCCCUCACCCCACCAUCCCAACAACAAAAGCAAGUCCUCUAUGCAACCCCCAACUGCAUAGCCACUCUCAAAGGGCAUUCCUCUUAUAUCUCUUCCCUUGCUUUAACUGGAAAAUUCCUCUACAGUGGCUCUUCGAACGGCGAAAUAAGAGUAUGGAGCAGAAACCCUUCCUCACUCCUUUAUUCAUCAACUGAUAAUGUAGUAGCCACUAGCAGUGGAGGAGUUAAGUCACUAGUAGUCUUAGGAGAUAAGCUUUUCAGUGCCCAUCAAGAUCACAAAAUUCGUGUAUGGAAAAUUGAAAACACCAUCUUAAAUCCAAAACUCAAGUGCAUAGCCACUCUUCCUACAAUCAGUGACUAUCUGCUCAGGUGUUUCUGCGCCAAAAACUACGUAGAGGUUAGGAGACACAAGAAGAGCACCUGGGUACAUCACGUAGACGCCAUAUCCACACUUGCAAUAUCAAGAGAUGGUUCUCUUCUGUAUUCUGCUUCAUGGGAUAGAACGUUCAAAAUAUGGAGAACCUAUGAUUUUAGAUGUUUGGAGUCAGUAGAGAAGGCACAUGAUGAUGCUAUCAAUGCCAUAAUAGUAUCCCAUGAUGGAUUUGUUUAUACAGGUUCAGCAGACAAGAAAAUCAAGGUGUGGAAGAAGCAAUCAGGGGAGAAGAAGCAUUCGCUGGUGACUACCAUGGAGAAACACAAGUCAGCAGUUAAUGCUUUAGCGCCCAGUAAUGAUGGGUCUGUACUGUAUUCUGGUGCCUGUGAUCGAUCAAUUCUAGUUUGGGAGAAACACUGGAGCACUACUGGGAGUGAGAAUGGUGAACAUAUGGUUCUGACAGGUGCACUCAGAGGACAUGGAAAGGCAAUUCUGUGUUUGGCAGUUCUUUCCAAUUUAGUAUUCAGUGGAUCGGCUGACAGAACUGUUAGGAUUUGGAAGAAAGGACUUGACAAGAAUUAUUCGUGUUUGGCAGUGUUAGAAGGGCAUAAACAACCAGUCAAGUGCUUGAUUGCGGCUGUUGAUAUCAAAAAUGAAAGAAGUGUUUCUGAUUCUGGUGCUUCUUGUCUAGUGUACAGUGGCAGUUUGGACUGUGAAAUUAAAAUCUGGCAAGUACAAGUUCCAUGUUUGUAA